CCCAACCCGACAACACCAAUAAGACUAGCCAAAGAAAACAAUAAGAGCAAAACAAAAAAAAGAUGAAGUGUUUGAUCUGUCUCUCUCUUAUCCUCCUCCCUCUCAUCUCCGUCGUGGAAGGUAAUCUCGGUGGCUGGAAGCCGAUCAAGGAUUUAUCUGAUCCCAACAUCCAAGCGGUAGCCAAGUAUGCGGUCGAUGAGCAUAACAAGCAAAUUACGGGGAAUCUUGUGUUCGUGAAGAUCGUCGAGGGAAAGGAGCAAGUGGUUUCCGGGAAGACGUACAGUCUGACCAUCGCGGCAAAGAAUGGGGGUGCUGGGACAAAGAACUACGAGGCUGUCGUGGUUGAAACGAUGAGGAGUCAUCACUUCGGCCUGCAGUCAUUCAAGGCCUUAUAGAUCUAAGUUCUAUAUAUAUUUGUAAAAAAAUCGACAUGGAUCGGAUAUAUUAUAAUAUUAAAUAUUUAUAGGUUUCCAUGAUUUGAGAUUUUGAAAUUGUGUGUCCGUUAUUUGUCUUUUGAAUAAAAACUAAAUUAUAGAUA